AAACGUCAUUUAUUAAAUCGCAGCUUUGGGAAGUGUCUCGUGAGAAACGUUCGUCGUAGGAAUGUGAUUUUCUAUGUGCUGAUAUAUUGUUUGUUAGUGAAACUAAUCGGAUUAAAAAUAAUAAAUACCUUUAAUUUCUGUGUUUUUUAGAUCCCCUCAAAAUGGCUCUGAUAACGCAAAAUUGGGGCCUGGACGGCCUCAUCGUCUUCUCAGCCAUUAUGGUAUACAUAUACUUCCUUAUGAGCCGAAAUUUCAAAUACUGGGCGAAACGAGGGGUCAUGGAGGUCCCUCGCACACUGUUACUGGGAAAUUUCGGCGACUGUCUGUUGGGCAAAAGAGCACCAUGCGAGUUCCUACAGGACCUCUACAACCAGUCCAAAGGACUCCCUUACAUGGGUUUCUACAUCUUCAACAAACCGUAUUUCCUGGCACGCGAUCCUGAACUCAUAAAGCACAUCAUGGUGAAAGACUUCAACAUGUUCGCUGAUAGACACUCCACGGCUGAUAACGUACACGAUCGUUUGGGAUACGCGAAUCUCUUCAUGAUGAAGAAUCCUGAAUGGAAGGCUGUUAGAACAAAGCUAACACCUAUCUUCACGUCAGGAAAACUAAAGAAGAUGUUCGACCUGAUGCUGUUGAUCGCUAAAGAUCUUGAAAACUGUUUGCAGUCGAUGGAUUUAGAGGGUAACGGAAAGGUGAUUGAACUGAAGGAUCUCUGUGCGAAUGUCACCACCGAUAUGAUCGGCAGCACUGCUUUUGGUUUGAAAGUGAACUCGUUGGAAAACCCAGACUCUCCAUUCCGAGAGCAUGGCAGACAAAUCUUUUCUUAUAGUUUAAAACGCAGUCUCGAGUUUAUCAUCAUAUUUUUCCUACCGGAAUACGUGAAAUACACUCGACCGAAAUUAUUCGGUAAAAGUACCAAUGAAUUUUUACGAAACGUCUUCUGGGACGUGAUUAACGAGCGAAUUAGAUCUCAAGAGAAACGAAACGAUCUCAUCGAUCUUCUGAUCGAGCUGAAAAGGAAGCACGAAAAUGACACCGAUUUGGCUGACUUCAAAUUCGACGGCGACGAUUUGGUAGCACAGGCAAUUAUAUUUUUCACAGGUGGUUUCGAAACAUCCUCGACUACCAUGUCCUUCACACUGUACGAACUCGCUGUGGAUCAGGAAGUUCAAAAGACCCUUAGAAAAGAGAUUCACAACGCUCUUGAACAAUCUGGCGGCAAAAUUACAUACGAAAUGAUUACGACUCUGCCAUACCUCGAUAUGGUAAUUUCAGAAACCCUUCGUAAAUAUCCACCUCUGGCAUUUUUGGACCGUGUCACUACAGCUAAUUACAAAGUACCAAAUUCUGAUUUAGUGUUGCCAAAAGGCACACCAGUAUAUAUACCCAUGAUGGGAAUACAUAGAGAUCCACAAUACUAUCCAGACCCAGACAAAUACGACCCAUCGAGAUUCACCGAAGAAAAUAAACAAAAGAGACCAAACUUCACUUACUUCCCCUUUGGCGAAGGACCCCACGUGUGUAUUGGCCUUCGAUUGGGAUUGAUGCAAUCGAAACUUGGAGUUGUACAGUUGAUAAAGGAUUAUGAAGUGACAGUUUGUGAUAAAACAACUAUUCCAAUGACUCUGAAUCCCAGAGGACUCACCACGACAGCUGAACAUGGAAUAUACGUGAAUUGCCGGAAGCUUACAACAGUUGCCGGUUAAAUUGCCUUAGAAUUCUAUGAACUACUUUUGUAUUAGAUAUGAUUAAUGAUUUGGUACUCUUUAUUCUAUCUCUCUCCUUCAGGCGUUUUCCAAAGAUUUCUUAUUUUCAAAACAGCCUAAAAAUUGUAACUAUACACGACACUGGAUGUUGUGUGAUGCUAGACUGAAAUAAACAUCACUGUAAAAAUGAA